UUGGGUGUUGUUGUUUUUGUUUCAGUGGAUGAAUAUGAGGAGACAACAACAAUUGAUGGUGAAACCAUUUGUUCAAGCGUGUGGCCUUGUGCACGUUGGUAUGCAGACCCGGAUGCUUCGUUUCUAGACCCGCCACAAUGCAUCGAAGAAGAAGAAGAUGAAGUAGAAGAAAUGGAAGAAGUAGAAGAGGUUGAAGAAGAAGUUGAAGAAGUAGGAGAAGUAGAAGAAGUAGAAGAAGAACAAGAAGAGGUCAUUGAUUCAGCUUCUGCAGAGAUACCCAAUGGUGAAAUCCCCAGUGGAGGUACUGUCUUAGAGGACACUUGUGAUGUUGGCAAGAAACCAGAUAUGCCCAUUUAGUUUUUUUGUUCUGUUUUUGGUGUUAACAAUGUUUGUUGAACCUUUUGCUUAAGUUGAUUUGCUUCUUUAGACCAAUCAUGUGAAACAAGUAGAUAUUUAACAACAAUAGCUACUGCAUUGUUGUUAUCCAUUAUCUACAUACAAAUUCAAGUGAUUGCUAGUGUAGUAGUCACUAGUCACAUA